CUUCUUUAGCACUUCUGUUAGUUCAUUUGAGAAGGAAAUUGAAUCCAGGAUGAGAAUUGUCCUUGAAAAUCUAGAAUAUCUUUCAUCUCAGAAGGAUAUAUUCAGAUUGAAUGAACGUGAUAGUGGUGCUAGAGUAAGAAGCGCUAUGCCAGAUAGAGUGCCAACUACAUCAUUAGUGGAUGAAGAUGGAACAUACGGUAGAGAUGAUGACAAAAAAACCAUCAUUGAAUGGCUGCUGUCAGAAAAGUAUGACAACCAACUAUCUGUGAUAUCUAUUGUGGGUAUGGGUGGUCUGGGUAAAACUACUCUCGCCCAGCUUGUUUAUAAUGAUAGAAGGGUGAUGGAUGAAUUCAACCUCAAAGUAUGGGUGUGUGUCUCCGAUGAAUUCGAUGUCUUGAGGGUAACAAAAACAAUUUAUGAGGCAAUCACCAUAUCUAAGGAUGAUACGAAUGAUUUAAAUAUGCUUCAAAUUAAAUUAAAACAAAAACUCGCUCAAAAGAGAUUUCUCCUUGUUUUGGACGACAUAUGGAAUGAAAAUUUUAUGCUAUGGGAGGCCUUGCAAUUACCACUCAAUCAUGGGGCUCCAGGAAGCAAAAUUCUUCUAACCACUCGCAGUGGAAAAGUCGCUUCAACCAUGCAUUCUACUGAAAUACUUUCAUUGAUGCCCUUAUUAGAAGGAGACAGUUGGUCAUUAUUUAGCAGAUAUGCAUUCCAUGAUGGAAAUGUUCAUGGUUCAACCUCUGACCUUGAAGAAAUUGGUAGAAAAAUCAGUAAAAAAUGCAAAGGGUUGCCUUUAGCUUUGAAAGCCAUUGGGAGUCUCUUGUACACAGAAUUAUCUCAUGAGCAAUGGAAUGGCAUUUUGAAAAGUGAGAUAUGGGAGGAAAAUAGCGAUAGCAAGAUUCUCCCUGCUUUAAGAUUGAGUUAUUGCUGCCUCCCCUCUCAUCUCAAAAGAUGCUUUGCUUAUUGUUCCAUAUUUCCCAAAGAUUAUGCUUUUGAUAAAGAGCAUGUAAUUCAAUUGUGGAUGGCGGAAAAUUUUCUGACAUGUGCACAUCAAAGCAAAGAUGCAAGAGAAGUAGGAGAACAGUUCUUCCAUGACCUAUUGUUGAGGUCACUUUUUCAACAAUCAACAGUCGAUGAAACACAUUUUGUCAUGCAUGACCUUAUUAAUGAUUUGGCAAAAGUUGAAUAUGGAAAGUUUUGCCAUAGACUGGAGGUAGAUGAUGUAAAUAAUUUGGCAAAAAUGACCCGCCAUGUUUCAUUUUUGAGAAAUGAUUUUGAUCCAUCAGAAAGGUUUGAGAUUAUAUACCAGGCUGAUAAAUUGCGCACAUUCUUGCCUCUAUCUAUGCAGGGCCAUAGAAGAACAAGCUAUACCUCUGUUCUUAACUUUAUAUCUAGCAGGAUUAUUCACAAUUUGCCAUCCAAGUUUAUUUGCAUGCGAGUUUUAUCUUUGGCGGAUUAUUUCAUCAUGCAAUUGCCUGAAUCAAUAGGAAAUCUCAAACAUCUACGUUAUUUGGACUUAUCAGGAACUAAAAUAAGGAAAUUGCCUGAUCCAAUAUGUCAACUUCAUCAUUUGCAGACACUAAAGUUGUGGCGUUGUUGUCUUUUGGAGAAGUUGCCAAUGGAUUUUCAUAAACUGAUGAAUCUACGUCACCUUGAUUUUCGUGAAACUCAGGUGAGAGAGAUGCCAAAGCAAUUGGAUCAAUUGAAAAAUCUUCAAGUGCUGUCAUCAUUUAUUGUAGACAAAUCUAGAGAGACCAGCAUCAAACACUUAGAAGGACUUAAUCUUUAUGGAUCAAUUUCCAUAUUGGAAUUGCAGAAUAUAGUUUCUCCCUCAGAUGCUUUAGCAGUCAAUUUGAGAAGCAAGAUACACCUCAAGGAGUUAACAUUAGGAUGGUGUAUAGACAAUGAAAAAUCACAACAUGACAAGGAUGUGCUGGAGUACUUCCAACCUCAUCAAAAUUUAAAAAAGCUAUCAAUUGGCAACUAUGGUGGUAUUGAGAUUCCAACUUGGCUUGCAGAUCAUUCAUUGUCCAAUAUAGUGUCCCUAGAGCUAAGGAAUUGCAAAUACUGUAUGUCCUUGCCAUCACUUGGCCACUUUCCACAAGUCAUUGUCAAUUAUAGGGUUUCAUAGUAUCAUUACUAUAAGUCAAGAAUUUUUUGGAAAUAGCUCUAAUACUACAUCCCUAGAAAUCUUGAGGUUCCGAGACAUGAAGGGUUGGGAGGAAUGGAAAUGUGAAAAUGUAAUAGUUGCUUUGCCCCUUCUUCAAGAGUUGAGUGUAGAAAAUUGUCCCAAAUUGAAAGGGGAACUUCCACAACAACUUCCUUCUCUGAGCAUGCUAGUAAUUUACAAUUGUGAGAAGCUUUUGUCUUCAAUUCCUUCAUCUCUUCAUAAAUUGGUUCUAAGAAAUUGCGGAAAUGAGCAAUUGGAUAGUCUUCCAUCAACUCUAAAAGUCCUUGACAUUUCUGGACGCUUCGAAAGAUUAUUAUCAGUUGACAAAAUUGAGAAUGUCUUUGCCAAUUGUAGCCUUGAACGUUUGAAGUUUUCUGAUUGUCCCUGCCUAGAAUUCCCAUUAUGCUAUUAUCAUAACUUCAUUCUUGAAAUGGAGAUAAGAGGAAGCUGUGGCUCUUUUAAGUCUUUCCCACUAGAUUUAUUCCCGAUGCUUCAAUCAUUGAAGUUGAUUGACUGUAAUAAUCUUGAAAUGAUAUCUAUUUCAGAGGGAAACCGUUAUUCUCUUACAAGCUUGUACAUACGAAAGUGUUCUAAAUUUGUCUUAUUUCCUGAAGGAGGGUUUUUGGCCCCCAAACUAGUAAUCUGUUCCAUUGAAGAAUUGAAGAAUUUGAAAUCACUGCCAGAGAAAAUGCACAUCCUCUUUCCUUCCCUCACAUUUCUAUUCGUCAAAUGCUGCCCACAAGUGGAAUCAUUUCCAGAUGGAGGUUUGCCAUCAAAUCUUGUGUAUCUUGAUGUCUUUGAGUGCCCAAAACUCAUAGCCUCUCGAAUGGGAUGGCAUUUGAGUAGUCUUACUUCACUGCAACACUUAGGGAUUGGAGAUGCAGAUGAUGAGUCUCUUCCUGAUAUUGGACUACUUCCACCUACUCUUACGUCCCUUGUAUUCCUUAACUGCCCAAAUCUUAGAUCACUGGAACACAAAGGUCUUUGCCACUUAUCCUCUUUGGAAUACUUGGGAAUUCGUGUCUGUCCUAAACUCCAGUACCUUCCAAAGGAGUGUUUGCCUAGUUCCCUUUGUAAACUACGAAUUGCAGGCUGUCCAUUGUUCAAAAAGCGGAUCCAAAAACAAAAAGGCAAAUAUUGGGCAAAGAUUUCUCACGUCCCUUUUGUUAUCUUUGACGAUGAUGAAGUAGUAUCUAUAAGUGAGCUUCUCUAUGAUGAAGGCAUCGAUUUUCCUACCAUCUAAUUCACUCAUCAGUGCUGCACAAUGUAGUUUUGACCAACAAAUCUACAAGGAUAGUAGAAGUGGAUUCCACCUGUUAGGUGAGAUGGGCCCUAUUCUGUGGGGCUUGUGCACCAGAUGAAGUCGUAUUCUUUGUGCGUUAGGUCCGUAUUACUUAUUUGAAACACAAGCAGUGAAGUGGAAAAAUAUGAAUCAGGCGUAAUGUACUCUGAAGAAAAUGAAAGCUCUUGUUAAAGUGUGAAAGCUGAGCUGCAGCAUAAUGAAGGCGCGAAUAGUAGAAGCCAAUAUCAAACAUCAUUAAUGCUCUGAAAAUAUGGACAUUAGCAGAAUGCCAAGAAAAUUUAAAGCUGCCAAGAGCUCAAAAUUUUAUGAAUUCUUAGUUGUCUGUUGAAGGAAGGUCUUUAUUGUCUGUUGAAGUUUUCGUUAAUGUUUUUGGUGGGUGGCUUCUUAAUGUGUUACUGCAUUAUUAAAAGGAAGCAUUUGAUGGUUGUACCAACCACAAAUCAUACUGCUUCACAAAACUACAUAUAACAGUGAUGAAACCUUCCUUUUUCCUUCUCCUCCUCCAUUAUACCCUAUCCAAACAUACCCUGCGAGAAAUUCACCAAAUCUUAUUUGUCUAGCACUAUAUUAAGUACAUACUCUUAUUUUGCUUCUUGUUUUAUAGAUAAUUGAAAUAUUUCUUUU